AUGAUUCUCUCCCGCCACCAGCUCUCUCUUCCAGCCUGCUUCCCCGCACUGCUUGCGUCUUGCUCAUUCACUGUUCCUUUCCCCCCACUCUCUUCCUCCAUCUCCCUCUCCCUCUACCUCCGUCUGAAAUCCCGCUUCGAGUCCGGAAGGGCCUUUUGUGGUCCUCUUGACGGCAAUCAACGCCCUUUCUUUUCCAUCAACAAUGGAGUGGGCCAUCACCAGGGUCAAGAUCCCUUCUUGUCCACUCCGUCUUCUGCUGGUCGCGCUCAGCUGUCGCCAACAGCCACCAGUUUCACCCCGUCUGGGUUUAACAUUAAUCCAUUUGGAUUUUCUCCACGCUCAGCCUUCCCUGGAGAUCAUCAUCAUCAGCACCAGCCAAUGCUGCCUAACAUGGGCUACUUGGCUGCCACCUCAGAGCCUGAUGCGCCUCAUGAUGCCAGCAAUGUCUUUGGGACGCGCUCAACUCAAUGCCUCUCGAGCUUUGGCCCCAUCGGGAAAGCAAAACUGGUGAAAACCCCACUUCCUAUGAUGUUUGCGCACCUGGGGAAAUUUGAUAGCGAAAACCGCAACCGCGCCUUUGCCAUCGAGCGUGUCCCAGCAAAUCUCCCUUAUCUCACUCUUGCCGAGGUUUUCAACCGUCGUGAAUUCGGGACUCUCAAGGGCCCUGUGUUCACAGAACUUAACUCCACGGGAACCAUCUACGUAGGCUUCACUGACAUUCGUGAUGCCAAAAACGCUUCUGAAAAAGUUGGGCGUCUUCAUCCAGAAUGGCGCGUCCGCUUUUUAACAGCAAGGGAGUAUGCCCAGAAGUUCGACCCAACCAACUCAGAUCUAGUUUCCGAUUUCGAAGGUCAAGUUUUUGCCUCUGUUUUCUAUGACAGCUCUAACCCCGCAUUGGAUGCGCGUGUUGUGUCGCACUCGUUCAAGGAUCUCUUGGAAACUUUUGGCGACAUCAAGGCUUUCCAUGGCCUGCCAAGUACUCAAGGAAAUGUUGACGAGUUUUUGAUCGAAUUCUUUGAUACCCGUGCUGCCGAUAAUGUCGUUUCGACUUUGAACGGCACAUCAGUCGAUCUUAAACUCCACAAACCAGACAUGGCGGAGCCACAAACGCCUCGCCAUGGGUCUUUCGAAUCCAAAGAUUUCUUUACCUCUUCUGACCUGGUGCACAGACGACCAUAUAGUCGUCGAUCUACGACUCAAAUGUCUCCUAGUCCAUACCAUGAACUUAGCCCUACUGGCCGCUCUAUCAUUCCCAUUGAUGAUCACGCAGCAGCCAUGGGUUGGAUGCCAAAGGGCGACGACAACUUUGGCUUCCGUCCUCGUCAUGAGCUUAACCGCCAUGGCGAUCCUCGCUCUAACAACCAGAACUUCGUUGAUAUCGAACGGAUCCGCUGUGGUGUCGACGUCCGUACUACGAUUAUGCUUCGCAACAUUCCAAACAAGAUUGAUCAGGCGAUGCUUAAGGAUAUCGUCGACGAAACCAGCCACGGUAAAUACGAUUUCAUGUAUUUGCGUAUUGAUUUCGCAAACAACUGCAAUGUCGGUUACGCGUUCAUCAAUUUCGAAGAUUUCGCGAAAGCCCGUGCAGGUCACACAUGCGACAAGGUUGCGGAAAUAUCUUAUGCCACCAUCCAAGGAAAGGACUGCCUUGUCCAGAAAUUCCGCAACAGCUCCGUAAUGCUAGAGCAUCCUUCCUUCCGCCCAAAGAUUUUCCACACGGGCAGCGGCCCGCUGGCUGGUAGCGAAGACCGCUUCCCUGGGCCGGACAACCCCUCAAAAAUGCGCCGCAGCGUCGAGAAUGCAGAGCAUGUUGGCCUCUUCGCCCCUCGUGUCGGCCAGCAAUAUCGUGACGAGCAGCGUCGUCGUCGCUCUCAAUUUGACCGCGGGACUACUGCCGCUGAGCGAGAGGCAUAUUUCGUUCGCUCUUCCAGCUCUUUCACGACCAGACGCGGUGCGUUGAAUGGAAACGGGAGCGGCAACGGAAACCUGAGCUGUAGCAUGAUGCUGCCGGUGAUGAUGUCCCCGUGUUACGAAGGCCCUGUUUCUGGUGCUGGUGGUGAUGCUGGGCCAAGGUCUUCUUGA